GCCCCGUAGGCUUCUCGUUCCCGUCUCCCAGCAUUCCCGUCUACCUCGACGAACGCGCCCACACAACCCCUUCCCAUCUACCUCGACGAACGCGCCCACAGUCCCUCCUCGAAGUUUCCGGCUAAACGGCGUACCUUCGUGCUUCCCCACGAGCCACGAGGCCUCAGCUCUUCGUGCCGCCCCUCAAUUCCUAGCGCCGCCGCGCCGCUGUUAGGGUUGUGAGCGCUUUCGCAGGCCCCUGACCCUCGUCCUCGAAACGAAGACGAACAGAAGCCUUUGUGCUCUCCAACUGCUGCCUCCCCGCCACCACCAACACUUACAGUUGCAGCAAGAACAUAAUUGCUCUUAAUCCCUAAUCCCCUCCCCAUCUCCUCACUGUUGGCCUUCCCCGCAAGAGCUGUUGUCUCCCCCUCACCACCUACUCUUGCAGCAAUAGCAGAAUCUGCUCUCAAUCCCUAACCCCCUCCCCAUUUCCUCACUGUUGACCUUCACUGAAAGAGAAACUCAAGAAGAAUGACAACAAUCAAAUUACUUCGGCUGCUCCCCUUCCAAAAUAGGAGCAACCAUCGGCCAUUCGGGCAGUGUACAGAGUCUUAAUCUGCUGCCAGAACACACACACGUGUGCACGGAUACUUUGAACCUCACAAUAUAAUGGCGGAUCAAGAUAAUCCCCCCUGUGAGGGCUCUGAGUACAUUUGCGACCUAGGGAAGCGGUCAUAUGGGUCUAUUUCUGGAAAAAUAAUGAAUCUCUCCAACGGACAUCAUCUUGUUGGGCAAUAUGUCCAAGAAGUUAUGAUCAAGAAGGGUGUGCAUCUGAAGAUGAAACACUUUGAUAUCCUGAAGCGGUUUCAGCAUUCCUGCGCUAUACCACUUCUCAACUUUUACCCAGAAUCUACGAAUAUGGGCAGAUUAAUAAUACCCAAAGUCGAUGAUACAUUUGACAAUUGUUUUCUUGGGAUAGAAACAGAAGUUCUAUUUGAUUCAGACGGAGGAAUGAGUAGAUUUUUCAGAAAUUCUGUCAUUGAGCUAUGUGAUAUGAUAAACAAACUCCACGGGAUGGAUUUCAUUCUGAAAGAUGGUAUAACUGUGCCUGAUUUAUAUGUACAGCAGCUAUCAGAUGGUCAGAAAAAAAUCAUGUUCCUCCUGUCAGAAGUAAAAGAAUCAAAACAAACUAGUGCUGAAGGAAGAUCAGAUUGGGACUCAGUCAAAGUGCUCGUGGAGCGGUGCUUCUCAGAGAAACAUGUCCAGAUGAAGUCCAUCACGAGAUCAUGGAUAAAUUUUAUUGGACAACAGUCAUUUACCAUUGACAAGAUGAGAGGGUACCCUGAUACCUGGAACUGGGUAAGGAAAGGGGAGUACCUAAUGACCCUUAAAUCGGGGCAUCGUCGGACCCUGCAAAAUUCACUAAGAGGGACUGGUAUUACAUGGCCUGAUGAACCAUUGCCUUAUGAACUGCAAAUUAUAGUUGAUUCAUCAGCAUCUGAAGGGCGUCAUUACAGUAAGAAUGUUCCACUCCAUUACCUGUUGAUGCUCGCUAACGCCUAUAAGCAUUUCUAUUCAAUGGGUCUCCAUGAUAUUUUCGGGGACCUGGAAACCUUUGUGAAGUAUAUCGAAGUGUGGACGACCACAAUUUGGACUGAGCUGUUUGAGGUAAUAGGUUGGCCAGUUAGCCAGCAUAGUAAAUAAUCUCCAUAGUUUUCCUUUCCUUUUCAGAAAAAGGCAUCAAGUAUGUCAGGGAGAUAUUAUGGUAAUGUUGACCCAGAGCCGCUUCAAAGUUAAAGCCAUAGCAUUUGGUCACCCGGGAGCUGAAGAUCCUGAAGCUACUUCAAAAUUAAAGCCAUAGCAUUUGGUGACCAACGAGCUGAAGAUCCUAAAUCCAUCUAACUGCCUAGGAGAUCUUGUCUGGUGUCUUCUGAUUAGAAAUAAAACCUACUUAUGGUUUGUCACAAUUACUGUACGAUUGCCUGGACGCUGAAAUUUUCGCAUUUAGUGUGUUGCACCACGUCAGUUAACUUGUUUCAUUUUUUUAGUAUAGAAGAAACACAGACGUGUCAGUUGCAUGUUCUUUUCAUGCAUCAGGGCUACAGAAUUAAGUUUCGGGGACUAUUGGAGAUGAUGAAGUCAGGAGUCAAUGCAUAAAACCAUCAUAUUUGGCUCGUGA